UAGAAGGCUAAGGACCAUCCUUGUUUUCAAAGUACAUGUACUCAAACAUGAUGGUGGCUGCUAGAAUUAAUGCUUUGUCUUCUUUUGAUGCAUUUUAAGGGAAUACAACACUUAUAUUAUCAACAAAAUCAGCCCAAUUUUGACAACAGCCUCUAACUUUUUUUUUCAUAGGAGCAACAACCUUAAAUAAUACAUUUAAUAUAUAUACUUCUCCAUUAGGAGAUUUAAUAUCAAAUUCUACAUGAUUACAUUAAUCACCACAAGGACAUCUGCACCAAAAAUAACAUUAGCAAAUACUAGCCUCUAUUAUAUAUUUCAAUUUGUCCUCAAAAUCAUAAAUAUGACAACCAAGUCGACAACAAUAGAAAGGAUUAACAAUAUAACCUAAAUUUUUAUUUUAUCCAUUUUCAACAUAUUAAACAUCUAAACGUGGUCUAAAUUAAUAAAUGAAUAAACCAUUCAUACCUAUUCAAACAGAAACAGGUGCAUGUGUAUUUUCGAUCAUAUUUAAAAAUGAUACGAUCUGAGUUCUCCUAGAACAAUUAAUCUGAAUUUGGUUAAAAGUCUUUGCAUCCAUAAUUAUUAACAAACAUUUC